GGCCGCAGGAAGAGCUGCCCCUGGUCAGAGGCCACUCUACACAAUCGCCAGCAGCAGCCCUGCGGGACCGAACCCUGUGGCAGGGACAGCCCUCGGUGGCGGCCCCGGCUGCCGCUGUGCCCCAGCCCCGCGCGGGGGGGAGGGGGCGGCCUCGGCGCCCCCCGGCCCAGCCGCUCCAUAAAGGAGGCGGGCAGGGCCGGCCCGGCGGGAGGGUGUGUGUUGAGGGAAGAGCCGACGAGAGUAGCGGGAGGCGGCGCGGAGGGAGGGCAGCCAGGCUGCGGGAAGCGAGGCUCCGCGCUGGGACUGGUUCCUUCGCAGCCAUUUUCCGUCCAACCAAACAGCCGAUUUGUGGAGGGAGCCAACCAGGGCCGCACUGGAGAUGGAUGGUGACAGCUCCACAACAGAUGCUUCUCAGUUAGGAAUUGCUGGAGAUUACAUUGGUGGCAGUCACUAUGUCAUACAGCCUCACGAUGACACGGAAGACAGCAUGAAUGAUCAUGAAGAUACAAACGGCUCAAAAGAGAGUUUCAGAGAACAAGAUAUAUAUCUUCCAAUUGCAAAUGUGGCAAGGAUAAUGAAAAAUGCCAUACCCCAAACAGGAAAGAUUGCUAAGGAUGCAAAGGAAUGUGUACAAGAGUGUGUAAGUGAAUUCAUCAGCUUCAUAACAUCAGAAGCAAGUGAGAGGUGUCACCAAGAGAAAAGAAAGACCAUCAAUGGAGAGGAUAUUCUCUUUGCCAUGUCUACCUUGGGGUUUGAUAGCUAUGUUGAACCUUUGAAGUUAUACCUCCAAAAAUUCAGAGAGGCAAUGAAAGGAGAAAAGGGAAUUGGGGGAACAGUUACAACUGCAGACGGUCUAAGUGAAGAGCUCACAGAAGAAGCAUUUACUAACCAGUUGCCAGCAGGCUUAAUAACCACAGAUGGCCAACAGCAGAAUGUUAUGGUCUACACAACAUCAUAUCAACAGAUCUCUGGUGUUCAACAAAUUCAGUUCUCAUGAUUUUGAAGAAAACUUUCCAUCUGGGAACAUGAAACAGAAAACCUGGGCAACUCUAAUGAAGAGGCAGUUUUAAUGACUGGUGGAGAGAUUUAUCUCUUUGUAUAUUAAAUAGCUGUAAUGUAGCUACAAGAAGCUUGACUAAUUGAGGUGUGAGUUCUGACUCAAAUCUUUUUCAUGAUGAUUUUAAAGAAAUAAUUGGAUUUUAAAGGUAUUAAAGUAUUUUUGUUUUGUACAAGAGUUUGUUGCUCUGUAUAACUCCUGUAUGCAUUGUAUAUUGCAAUUUAUUACUGUCAGAGAUUUGUAGACAGUUUCUUAUUUUCAUAUUGAAUCAUGUUACUUUUGUAAUUCAGGUAAACAGCUGGGUUAAUUCAUGCUUACCCUUUGAAUAAAAUUGUAAGGGUAAAGUUCA